UUUCACACUCUGCUAGCAGUUUUAUCGUCUUCUUCGCGAGCCAUCGUUCGUCCCCGACCUUCGCUUCUUCUCCGAGAGCGACAAUGGCGUCGUAUUCGCCUCUAGGGUUUCCUCCGAGCCCUUCCAUGGCGAGAGCCUCUUCGAAUUGCUCCUCUUCAAAGGGCGUGGUUAUGAAGAGGGGAAAUUUAGGGAUUGCGAGGGGAUCUUCGCGGGAAUCGGAAGGGAUUGUGGAGUCGCAAGCUUGUAGCUUAACUGGUGAGAUAUUUGAAAGAAGGAAACUGUUACUGCUUUCCACCUUUGGAUUUGCCCUUGGUGCUUUUCAGCAUACUCUAGACAAGGAAGUGGCAGUAGCAUCUGAAUUCGCUGAUAUGCCAGCAUUACGUGGGAAAGACUAUGGAAAAACGAAAAUGCGCUAUCCAGAUUACACGGAGACAAAUUCUGGGCUUCAAUACAAGGACUUGCGAGUUGGUAAUGGUCCAUUUCCAAAAAUAGGGGAGACAGUAGUGGUUGAUUGGGAUGGUUAUACAAUUGGAUACUAUGGGCGCAUCUUUGAAGCUCGAAACAAGACUAAAGGUGGUUCAUUUGAGGGAGGUGAUAAAGAUUUCUUCAAGUUUAAGCUUGGAUCAGGACAGGUAAUACCAGCUUUUGAGGAGGCGAUUGCAGGCAUGGCUCCCGGAGGUAUCAGGAGGAUAAUUGUACCCCCAGAACUGGGCUAUCCAGAUAACGACUUCAACAGACUUGGCCCGAGGCCGACAACUUUUUCGGGACAAAGAGCACUUGAUUUUGUUUUGAGGAACCAGGGCUUAAUUGACAAAACUCUGCUGUUCGACAUCGAGCUUCUCAAAAUCCUCCCCAACUAAUUCCGCCUACCAGGGGUACAUUGAUGAGAUUUUUCGGCAGAAAAAUUUUAAGAACUUGAUGACUCCCUUUUCUUUUGUACAGUUUUUCUGUGUUCUUCACUCUGGUAGGCUGAACUAUUAUUUCGUGUGUUGUCUACUGUUAUUGUAAAUGUCUGCAAGAAAAUGCUUGAGAAAUCAGUCUUCCUGUUAGAGAAAAGUUUCUUCAUUCUGUCACAGCUAUUUUUUGUGUACUUGACUAGAUGUUUUUGGAUUUCUUUGAUAAUAUGUGGAGUUUCCUCUUCA